AUGACCUUACAUUAGUGCAAGCUCACGGAAACAGAGGAAAACAAAGGACUGCUCAGCUGCGGUAGUGUAUAAUUUGUUGAUUUCAGGAUUUGUUAGAUACUGUGUUGAACUAGCUAACUAUUGUUGUUAAGACGAAGCUUUUUUCCGUGAUAUAUAUGGUACAUUUCUGUUGUACUUAUGGAUUUGUAUGGAGGCAUAUGUUGCCUAAUGCAGAUUGUUUGUCCCUCAUACAAAUCGGUCAUCUCUUCUUCUUUUGCACUUUGGAGUUCAGCUAUCCCUCGAGAUGGCAGAUAAGAACGUUCUGUUAUUCUUGUUCAUAACACUCUGUACGGUCAUUACAUGUGAUGGGAGUGUAUCCCUAUCUGCUCCAGCCACUGUAAAUCUGGAGGAGAAAAGUUCAGCCAAUAUCACCAUAACGCCUAGCUUUCCUCAGAAUGUCUCAACACUCAUUAUUUUUAACUUCACCGACUCCUCUGCAAAUGUUACCUCAAUACUUCAACUGCCUCAACAGGUAGAGUUGCCUGCAAACGCCACAUCAAGCACUUUUGAGGUUCAUGCAGAACAUGUGGGUCAGGUGACAGCCUAUUUAUACAGCAACAACACUGGCAUUGCAAGCCAUAAGACCCGAAUCCGUUUCUUGGUUAUUAGAAGCAACACUGUUGAUAUCAUUAACCAAGUAAUUGGUUGGAUUUACUUCCUAGCAUGGUCUAUAUCAUUCUACCCUCAAGUAUAUGAGAACUGGAGAAGAAAAAGUGUGGUGGGGCUGAACUUUGAUUUUCUGGCACUCAACUUGACCGGAUUCAUUGCCUACAGUGUCUUCAAUGUAGGCCUCUUCUGGGUUCCGUACAUGAAGGAAGAGUUUUUGAAGAUGAAUCCAAAUGGUGUAAACCCAGUGGAUGCCAACGAUGUGUUCUUCAGUCUCCAUGCAGUUGUGCUGACUCUUGUAUAUGUCUCUCAGUGUGCCAUCUAUGAAAGAGGAGGGCAGAAGGUGUCCAAGAUUGCUAUUGGCCUUCUGGUGAUUGGUUGGACGUUUGCCCUGGUCACCCUCUUUGUUGCUGUGGCCAGUAAGAUCACCUGGCUGGAAUAUCUCUACUAUUUCUCUUACAUCAAGCUAGGUGUCACCCUCGUCAAAUACAUCCCACAGGUCUACAUGAACUACCAAAGACAAAGCACAGAGGGGUGGAGCAUUGGCAAUGUGUUGCUGGACUUCACAGGAGGCAGCUUCAGUCUCAUUCAGAUGUUCCUUCAGUCGUAUAACAACGAUGAAUGGAAGCUCAUCUUUGGGGACCCCACAAAGGCAGGACUUGGCUUGUUCUCCAUAUUCUUUGAUGUGGUGUUCAUCAUUCAGCAUUACUGUCUGUACAGACAUAAAACACAUUAUGAGCUUGUGGUUGACCAGGAAUAGGCUAAUUGUCUUUUACUGUUUACUUCUGCCAGUGAGUCCAAAUGAUUUACUGAAGGACUAAUAUAAGGGCUUUCUUCUAUGAAGUGUUCCCAGUCAUUGAAUGGGAAGCUAUUUAGACACGGGGGCCAUACUUCCUCGUCUCAAAAUGCGUCAGCCAAUUAAAUUAUUCGGUGUAGUUGCACGUGAUCAAACACUAUUGGUACUUUCAAGACAACUGGGAACUCUGGGGGUUGGGGGGGAAUGAGGUUGAAUCAUGACAUCAGUGAUCAAUCUACAGGUCGGAAAGUCAAAGCUCUAGAAAGAGGCUAGAGUUCCCGACUUGGAAUUCCGAGUUGGAAGACUGCUCAAAACAUAUUUUCCCAGUCGUAGAUAGGGUUAGGGUUAGGGUUCGCAGUUGUAUUGAAUGCUCGGAAGUGUCCGAUUUUCCAGGUUCCGGUUGUUUUGAACGCGGCAUUAAUGUUCCCUUCAGAUAACCUGUCAGAUUUAGGCUGCUUUCCAAACACUUAAAAGACACACCCUCAGCCCUCAAAUUAAGUGGACACUUCUGAUGACGUAUUAUUUCGUCUGAUGAGUUGACACUUGCAGGGCAAGGGAAGAAUGAAUUCAUUUGAAAUGGACUGCUCUUGCCAGGAAAUGUGUCACUCGUUCAUCCCACGGUUGUGUUUUCAGUCAUCAUGGAACUGUUGCGUGUGCCUUUUUAUAUGCUCUACAGUCAAUUAUGAUUGCAUUUCAUAUCUUGGCUAGAAGACAACGCCUCCGCAGACAUUGAAUGUUAGCCUUCCUUCUAUAUCCGGAAAUUACAAUGUAUAAGUGUGAUGUCAGGGAAAGUUAUAUGCGCAAGCAAACGUUUCCAAAAACCAAACAAACAAAAACAUCAUGACUUUUGUGAUGUGUUUGAGCCGUCAUGUGCAUUAGUAGCACAAUUUCUAACUUAUUUACAUUUGUUUCUACUUACACCUGUAUGUUGACUUCUCCAUAUAAUGUUGGUUUUAAGUUUUGGCUGACUUUUCUUAGUGGAUGUACAAUCAUCGCAAAUUGAAUAUGGUGCUUUUCAAGCCCUGGAGUGAACAUAAUUGUAAACUCGAUCAAAAGCGAGGGCAGAAGGGCUUACGUUGCCAACUUCCCUUGCUUAGCUAAUCAUUUGGACCGACGAAAAAGGAGGCUGCCGUGAUUCCCCCAAUUUAGAUAAAGGUUACAUUAAAAAUAAUAAUAAUUUAACGUGCAUAAGUGGUGGAGGGUGUUUUAUUUUAUGGGUUUGAAAUGCAACCGUAGCCUUUUGCUAACUUGCAUAGCUGGCCCGUGAUCAUAUCUGGUUCAAAUGCUGUAUCGAUCAAUUAAAAUCGUUGACGUAGUUGGACCUGAUCCAACACGUUUUGAUGAAAGUGUCCUUAACAAAAGUCCAACGACACGUUCUGAUAAUCAAAGCAACUAGAUCACAAAUACACGUGCUAACUCCACGUAAUUGUUGCAGAUUGUGGCAAGGGUUUGAAUCUCAUGAGUUUAUUUUCCCCCUUCUGAAAUGCAGAAUUACUUUUUGUCAGUGUGUUGAGAAGUGUAGCCAAAACCAUGUGAAUGAAGAUUACGCAUACAUUGUAGCCAAAACCAUGUGAAUGAAGAUUACGCAUACAUUUAAUGAGGAGCUUCUUGUUGGAGUCCCUCUUGCAGACCGACACAGGCUACUGGCACUGCUACAUAAAUAAUCGUCACUUUUAUAAACUAUAUUACAUAGAUGUUAGUGCUGUGCGAUUUUAACCGGCAUCGGUUCAAUUAUUUGAAUUCUAUUUCUUUCCGUUUUAUUUCUGUGAACUAAAUGUAACGUUUCUAUACAGAUGUAUUAGAUCAUGCAUUUCCAACAGUCCAAUAUUCUACAUAGUUUAGUGCAGAAAACGUGGUGAUUAAUUACAAUGAGAAUAAUCCAUUGCGUGCCAGUUUAAAUUUGUCUGGUCUGUCCUGAGCAAGGCAAUGGGGUGUGUUCGUAAAUUCAUUUUUGCUAUCUACACCGAUUUCAGAGCGCUCUCGUUUGAGUGUGCCAGAGUGCAGAAUAACUGAUAUAAUUUACGAAUGCGCAACACCCGUUGAAAUUGAAAGGUGUCAGUAAAGGUUGGGGGAAAAAACGCAAAUAAAUUGUUGCUAGCAGCACAGUUAGUCACUAAUGCUCUAGAUAACGUGACAACAGCCUAACUAGCUCUGCUAGGGCAAGUAAAAUGGUCAGAGUGAGGUGCUGUCUCAUUUGUGUGUGGAAGUAGCUAGCCAACUUUAGCCAGUUAGCUUUGGCACUUAACUGCGGUUGUGAGGUCAGAACGCUCAGAUCGACCCUACUCCUCGGCCAGAGGGUCCAGUGUGCGGCCUGAACGCUCCGAGAGUGAAACGCUCUGAAUUUACUUAAGGGAUAAUGCCAAAGAAGCCGGUGUUUUGAAGAUGUAUUGGCACAUGUGUUUCGUCUUGGGCCUGCAAACCGUGCCAUUAUAUCCUCCGAACUCCGGGUUCGAGGGCAUUAUCACGUUUAUACAACGGGUUACCAACAUAUUCGAGUAAUGAUUGACAUAUUUUCAUUAAUGUUAUUUUGAUAAAUGUAUUCAUAUUAUUUCAUCCUUCCGCAAGAUAUAGUCCAGACACAAAUCUAGGGUUGCUACCCAAGCCGGCUGGUAAUUUCUUCUAUGAGACAGUCGUUCAAUUAUUUUUUUCCCAGAAUCUAUGGACAUGACCCAGUCGUUCGUUCUAAAUGUGCCAUAACCAUACUGGCUGGCAAAAUUCGUAUCCCUUGCCUGCUCUAGCUAGCCAUAGUUGGCUAUCUCACAGUCACGUCAAACAGUGCUGCCAGAAUAACAACAGUAGCUGCAUUUGCUUUUGUUUAAGCUGUUUUCUAGUGAUGACAUGUAUUUGGACAUCCAUAACAAUGAGCUAAUGAGGUGUGAUUUCGCAUAGCAUAGAAAAUGUGCUCUCCCAUCAGGACAGUUGUUCAGAGGUUCAGAGCUUCAAUGACAUACAACACUCCUUCCGUGGCCUCCAACUGCUCUUAAACGCUAGUAAAACCAAAUGCACGCUUUUCAACCGUUCGCUGCCUGCACCCGCACGCCGACUAGCAUCACCACCCUGGAUGGUUCCGACCUAGAAUAUGUGGACAUCUAUAAGUACCUAGGUGUCUGGCUAGACUGUAAACUCUCCUUCCAGACUCAUAUCAAACAUCUCCAAUCUAAAAUCAAAUCUAGAGUCGGCUUUCUAUUCCGCAACAAAGCCUCCUUCACUCACGCCGCCAAACGUACCCUUAAAACUGACUAUCCUACCGAUCCUCGACUUCGGCGAUGUCAUCUAAAAAAUAGCUUCCAAUACUCUACUCAGCAAACUGGAUGCAGCUUAUCACAGUGCCAUCCGUUUUGUUACUAAAGCACCUUAUACCACCCACCACUGCGACCUGUAUGCUCUAGUCGGCUGGCCCUCGCUACAUAUUCGUCGCCAGACCCACUGGCUCCAGGUCAUCUACAAGUCCAUGCUAGGUAAAGCUCCACCUUAUCUCAGUUCACUGGUCACGAUGGCAACACCCACGCGUAGCACGCGCUCCAGCAGGUGUAUCUCACUGAUCAUCCCUAAAGCCAACACCUCAUUUGGCCGCCUUUCCUUCCAGUUCUCUGCUGCCUGUGACUGGAACGAAUUGCAAAAAUUGCUGAAGUUGGAGACUUAUCUCCCUCACCAACUUCAAACAUCUGCUAUCUGAGCAGCUAACCGAUCGCUGCAGCUGUACAUAGUCCAUCGGUAAAUAGCCCACCCAAUUUACCUACCUCAUCCCCAUACUGUUUAUAUUUAUUUACUUUUCUGCUCUUUUGCACACCAGUAUCUCUACCUGCACAUGACCAUCUGAUCAUUUAUCACUCCAGUGUUAAUCUGCAAAAUUGUAAUUAUUUGCCUACCUCCUCAUUCCUUUUGCACACAAUGUAUAUAGACUAUUUUUUUCUUUCUACUGUGUUAUUGACUUGUUUAUUGUUUACUCCAUGUGUAACUCUGUGUUGUUGUCUGUUCACACUGCUAUGCUUUAUCUUGGCCAGGUCGCAGUUCUAAAUGAGAACUUGUUCUCAACUAGCCUACCUGGUUAAAUAAAGGUGAAAUAAAAAAAAUUAAGAGGAGCUAGCCAACCACACAGCUAACACAAUCACUUCAAACUGAAGCUGGAAAGACUGCAAAGUGGCUGCAGUUUGUUUCAUUUGACCUUUUUCAAAUGGAUAUUUCUUUGUAUAUAUCCAUAAAAAUUAUGCUAGCUGAUUCAGGAUUUCGACUGAAUGAGAAACACUACCUGCCUGUCUGUCUCGUCCCGACAUCUCCGCUGUUGAUAACUAAAUGUUAGUCUAAAAAAAAUAGAUAUUGCCUAGAUUAUUUUUAUAGUGGAGAUAAAAUUUAUAAAUUGCCUGGCUGGGCUGAUGAGAGUGGAUUGCGCAGCCAGAUGGAACAGGGUAAAUAGGCAUUUUAAUGUAAUAUAUUUAGCUGGUGGCAACUUGCGGAAUAGACACCGACUGGAAUGCGGUUUUAACCAAUCAGCAUUCAGGAUUAGACCUGCCCGUUGUAUAAUAAAAGACAACCUGACAACGCUCUGAAUUUACGAACGACCCAGAGCGCACUCUGACACUGGAGGCAAUUUAAGAACACAUACAUGGAGAGAAGUGAGAACGUGCAAUCCAGAGGGAUAGAAAGCAGUUGCUUCGCCAGCCUGAAAUGUGAUUUAUAGUUGGUAUUCAGCAGUCAUAAAAGUACACCUUAUUUACUUUGAAGAACUACACCUUAUUUACUUUGAAGAACUACUGAGAUAGUGAUUUUGUCAGACACCAUAGACAGUAGCUCUUUAUGAGGUGACUUUGAAUUAAAUAAUAGUUAUAAAAUAAAACACAUUUGAUGAAAGUAAUGUUAAGUGAUGGGCAGUCACUACCACCAUGGGACUUGUAUUAAUUGUUUUAUUCUGUUACAGAAUUCAACCCACAUAAUGCAUUUAAUGUAUACAAAAACAAUAUGGAAACACAAGUCGAAAAAGUGAUUAUUUUUCCAGAAUCAAACCUGAAACCGAACCGAGCUAAAAACAGGAAUCCCUCAGCACUAAUAUGUGUGUAGGCUACACACAACGUUUUAUAUGCAUUAUUAUAAUAAUCCACUUCGUCACAAAUGCAUUAUUUGAGUCUAGCAUUGAGGACCAGCAAUUAAACAGUGUUUUUCUUAACAAAAAUGCAUGAUGCAAGGUGGGCUUGAACUCAUGGUUUAUGAGCACUGUCAUUUUAUCGUCAACAGUGUGUGCCACCAGGACCGAAUAAUGACGGUACAUGACAGCUAUUUGACAAGUCCAUAAGGCUCUUCAACUUUUUAAACAAUAUGAUACACUUUAAAUAUUGUAUAGACCUCUUAUCUUUUUUUUCCUGUAAAAGCACAUUGAUGUGUGUGGAACGGAUGUGCGAAAACUUGGGAUUUUGUCAUAUGUGAAAACGUGCCUUUUUGCAAUCAUGCAAAAUUGGGGCACUAUACUUGAAACAUACCAAGCAGAAUUUGUAGGUUUAAAAUAUCCUUCCUUGUGGCCAUUUUUACCUAUUUUAAGAAAUGCCAUUGGUUGGUAACUUUGAUACAGGAAAUAAUCACUGCCACCUGCUCAGGUUAGCAUAGGGCUAAAUGUGUCAGGCUAUGUAAUGGGAACAGCUAACGUGUGGUGUUUGAUCACGUGAAACUACAUAAACGAUUUUAAUUCGCCAAUGCACAGUUUUAGAAACUUACUUUUUAAGCAAAGGCCCGUUUUUAAACAUUUUCUGAAUGCCUCCAGGUCCUUUGCUUAAACAUAACUUUCAAAUUAUUGUAGGAUAAUAGGGAUUUCAUUGUGUUACAUAAAUUGUGAGUAAAUUAUGGUUUAAUACCACUAAGGGAGGAACUGUUUUUUUUCUUCUUUUUUCUACUGACUAGCAUAGGCCUUGAACUUGUCAAUCUGUCAAAGCAAAGCUCACUUUUUGCAAUACAAUACGACGGUUUUUAUUUUUAUUUAAUUUUUUUUUCUUCUAUAUUUGAAAUAUAAUUGCUAUUUUAGACAAAACAUGAUGCUUUAUUGUCAAAUUAAUAAAAUAUUUUCAACUUUA